AUGGGAAAAUCUAAAAGAAGAUCCAAAGCGUCUAGGUUUAAUUCAGCACCACUGGGAAACAAGAGCAAGUCAACAGUGAAAGAUGAGGCCCUAAGCGCUAAGAAAAUACAACCUCUUUUAAAACAGCUUCAGAGUGCUGUUCCAAAUGACAGGGCUAUGGCACUUGGUAGUAUUACAGUCUUGUGUGAAGAUCCGCACAUGAGAAAACUUUUUCUGAAAGAAAAGUUGGUACAUAUAGUUUUGAGUAGACUACUCUCUGACGACAACAUGGACAUCGUGGUUGAAUCACAUGGACUUCUCAGAAACUUAGCGCUCGACGAAGGCUAUGAUGUGUGUGCUUUUCUAUGGAGAUCCGACAUGUGGACUAGUAUAAUAUCUGGAUUUGCAAAAUUGCAAAAAUCUCUAGAAUGGGCACAAUCUAAUACUGCUCCCACAAACGAGACUAUGCGCCAACUUUAUGAAUUUGGUGACAAUUUGCUUUCUCUAAUAGUUGCAUUGGCAAAUGGAUCCGACAAUAUUCUAGAGGAUAUUUUGAAGACGAACAAAUUACAAGAGAUUUUUGGCAUCAUUCAUUUGAUCUUAGAGUAUGGCCUUUCGAAAAUAGACGGAAAAAUGAGCUUGAAAAUAUCCGCGUCACUUUUCAAUACUAUUCUAGACCUACUCUAUGAUUUCAGCUCUGAUUCGGUAGAGUUUAUUGAAGCUGUGAGUCAAGAUCCGUACUUAUCUGAGUUUGUGAAAAGAUUGCCCGAUUUACAACUAUCUGCCGCAAAUGAACUGAGUACAGUCCUUACUCAAGGAAUCUAUCUUCAAUUUUUGGAUCUUGAUUUGACUCAGGCACAAGCCAAUGAAAUUAUAAUAAAAGCAUGUUCAGCCAUUGAAUCUAUUGACUUAAACCAAAUGCAGAAAUGCUUAUCUAGUACAGAAUUUGACAAUGAGCUGGUAAACUCUCCUAAUGAUCAAGUCUCUGGUAAAAUCAAAGAAUUUGCUAAACAACGAGCAUUAGCCUGUGUGCACUUGCAAAGUAUCGAAGUAACUCUUGAUAUCAUUACUGCAUCGCUGGAAAUAAUUGCCGCCAAGUUUGGAGAUAGAAAUGUUCCGUUGGAUGAUGAGCUUCUAAAAACCCUGACCGUUUCUCUGCCUGUUGUUUUUCAGUCGCUUUUCGAAGAGUUCAAAUCUCGCGUUCUUAUCGCUUGGAAUAAUAUGCUAUGGCUUUACUUGACACUCCGAAUCAACUUUUUUGUAUUGCCCAACAACAUGUGGCAACAAUUGUGGGGCUCACUAUCAAUGUCGAGCUCAGAGGAAAACAGCGACUUCGGCAUAAAAUUGGGUAAAUUGGGUGUUACGUGGGCUCUGCUGAAAACAUUACAGUUGCAAGAGAAUCAAACUUUACUAUUAACUGAUUUGAAUUGCGAUAAUCCCGGCUUUGUGGAUGCAAUCAAAGAAGAAUAUCAGAACGUAACAGGUCUUGAUACUCAUGAAGUUCAAGAGCUAAGACAAAGAUGUUGUGGUAUACUAUCAUGUCUCGCAAUGCUUCCAGAUCACAUCGAGCUGAACCGUCAAAUCGGCCAUUUUCUAAUAGAGCAGCUAGCGGACAAACAUACUUCAGCGGCCACCUUAGUUGAUAUCUCUGACAUGCUCUUUGAUAUUUACUCGGAUGCCAAAUACGACUACGAUGAAGAUGUUUUCGUGAAAGACGCAUUUGUCAAAAUACUUAGAGACACGAUUGUGCCCAAUAUGAAGCAAACAUUCAAGUUUGUCGACAAAAACAAGGACCAUGAACUCAAGGCGAAAACAAAAGACUGUCUUGCAACCAUGGAAAGAUUCAUUGAAUACAAGUUAAGUGAGCGUAAGUAA